GUCCCUAUAAUGCACACUGGUGAGUUCACUGUCGACCUCGUUCAUCAGCAGCUACUCACCGUGUAUACAGAUCUCGUCGUCGUAGGAGACGUUGGCAAGCAGUAAAAUAAAACCACGAUGUCUUCACUCCCAAGUAGCUCUAGGCCGCCCGCUACCCCUCAGGAGCCCAAGGCUCGGGGUGCGAAUCGCUCAACAAAAGUUGCAGGCAAAUUAAAAGUGCUACCCGAACAAUUUGAACCGCCGGUACCACCCCAAGAAAAACCAACAGCACUUCCUCCUCCUCCAAAGGCGCCGGAGGGAGGAGAAGGAGAAGGUACUGCGGGUGAGAGCGAGGACGAAGAGGCCGACAUUGAGGAAGAACGCGAAGACGUUGAGGUAUACACCCAGAUCGGCCUCAUUCCUGAGGGGACAGCUCGAAGGGAUGCUCUUCGCCUCACAAAGAAGAAGGCGAAAUCGUUACCUCGAGCUACUGCAUACGCAACAGCAGGUUCAUACCGCCUUCCUGAACUGAUGAAAUUCUUCAAUGCUCGUCGUGCCUCAUACCAUACAAAUCCUCGAAUCAUCGACGAUGUCAUUUACACCCCUUAUGUCUAUGAACCUCCCGUAUCACCUCAGCAAGAGGUUCACUUUCAGUCCGGUUCGCACAAUGAGGGAAGUUCAAUUUCCGAAACCGGCGAUCUUCUAGGCGUUCCUGAGCUUGCUCCUCAAGGCUCGGACAUGAAUGGUGCUGCGAAAUCCAGGAAACGAAGCAAGUUUGAAGAGAAACCUACCGCGGCAGAGAUCUUCCUAUUUGCGUACGGGACAGCUGUCAUAUGGGGUAUGACCGAGGCACAAGAGAAGAGGUUUCUGUCUUCCAUCAAGCGCUUUGAGGUUGAUAAACUUGCUCCCGAGGACAUGGAGAUGGAAGAUCUCAACUACUAUUAUGCGAACUACAGUCGAAUCUAUAAUGAUGUCAUUACACUCCGACGAGGGUCUAGCUACAUGACAAAGUUGUCUCUCUCACACGCACUAUCCCAAUCGGUGAAGAUCUCAUUGUUUGAGGCUCUGAUAUCGUCUACAAUUGAAGAGACGAAGGACAUCCCUGAGAUUAUCAGUGAAACUGGAAAGAUUGGAAUGCCGCAUAAAGAGAUUAUGCGGAAAAUUGGAGAACUCUUUCUGUUAAGAACUAAUAUCAACUCUGUGGGAUCUGUUCUGGAUUCUCCGGAAGUCUUCUGGAGGUACCCUGAUUUGCAACCAUUGUAUGAUGCUGCGCGGAGCUAUUUGGAGAUUCCCCAGCGGAUAAAUUUGCUCAAUACGCGAGUGGAGGUUCUGCAAGACAUGUUGCAGCUUCUGAAAGAAACUGUAUCGAGCCGCCAUGCAGAACGCCUCGAACAAAUUGUCAUCGCCCUGAUAGGCGUGGAGAUUGUUCUAGGUAUCGUUACCAUCAUUGUGGAUCUAUAUUCUUGACGGACUCUGGAGCACCAUAUCGCCGAUUAUACCACACUGCAGUUGUAUUACUAUCAAUACACUCACGCAUGAUCAUGAGGAUUAUCAGGAACCUGUCAUUAGAAGAGGCGACGGCGAACUAGCUAAUAAU